UCGGGCCGUGGACCCCAGAAUGCAGAGGUGACCUCAGGAACCAGACAUACCUGCAGGCACCAAAGUGUGGGCGUGGUCUGGAAGGAGGGGCUUAAAAAGCAGGUACCACAAUGCAGGGGGUAGGAGGCCCUCUGGACUGGCUGGCGCCAGGGAAUGAGAGUGGUGUGGAGUCCCCACGGGACACCGGCCCAGCCUCCUCUCUGCCCCUCCCCACAGUUUGGGACGUGGUGCUGUGCAUCUCUGGGACCCUGGUAUUCUGCGAGAAUGCGGUGGUCGUGGCCAUCAUCGUGGGCACACCGGCCUUCCGGGCUCCCAUGUUCCUGCUCAUUGGUAGCCUGGCGUCUGCAGACCUGCUAGCUGGCCUGGGCCUCAUCCUGCACUUUGCCUCCAAAUAUUGUAUUGGCUCCCCCAUCCUGAGCCUGGUCCUGGUGGGAAUCCUGGUCACUGCCUUCACUGCCAGCAUCUACAGCCUGUUGGCCAUCACUGUGGACCGCUACCUGUCCCUCUACAAUGCACUCACCUACUACUCUGAGACCACAGUGACAAGGACAUAUGCCAUGCUGGUGCUGGUGUGGGGGGGUGCUCUGGGCCUGGGCCUCCUUCCUGUGCUGGCCUGGAACUGCCUGGAUGAGCCAGCCUCCUGCGGCGUCGUGAGCCCACUGACCAAGAACCACCUGGUGGUCCUGGCUGUGGUCUUCUUCAUGGUGUUUGGCGUGAUGCUACAGCUGUAUGCCCAGAUCUGCCGGAUCGUCUGCCGCCAUGCCCAGCAGAUCGCCCUCCAGAGGCACCUGCUGCCCGCCUCCCACUAUGUGGCCACUCGCAAGGGCAUUGCCACCCUGGCCGUGGUGCUGGGGGCCUUUGCCGCCUGCUGGCUUCCUUUUGCGGUCUACUGCCUGUUGGGUGACUCCCACUCACCCCUGCUCUACACCUAUCUCACCUUGCUCCCGGCCACCUCCAACUCUCUCUUCAACCCUGUCAUCUAUGCCUUCCGAAAUCACGACAUCCAGAAAGUCUUGUGGGCCGUCUGUUGCUGCUGCUCCUCCUCCAAGUCCCCCUUCCGCUCUCGCUCCCCCAGUGACGUCUAGUUCGGGUCCCCUCCUCCUUCCCUCCUCUCCCCACUUUUGUGCUUCUCCUGCCCUCCUUCUGAAUGAUGUGUCUUUGACAGUCCUAUACCAGCCUCAGUCUCCCUCCACCCCCCCCCCCACCCCCAGGCACAGAAUUCUGCAGCUCUGGAAUGCUUUGUCUGGUUGGGAAGGGUUCCUUCUCUUCCAAUCCCUCCCCAGCCCCCCCAGGCUCCAGCCAAAGGGGCUUUGGAAAUGAUGAGUCUUGAAGAAUCUGUUCCACUCCCCCCACCCCCUUUCCUGUGUCUUGGCUAAAAAGCCAGUAAGUUUUGUGUGUGAUUGGCCUGGGGAGACACUAAGUCACUGGGCCAUUUGGAGAGAGAGAGAGAGAGAGAGAGAGAGAGA